AUGCUCUCCAACUCCGACCUGCGCGCCCUCUUCCUCGGGCCCGACGCUCCUCCCAAGGCCUCUGCCAAGCGUUUGCGGCGCGACAGCCAGCCGGUUCGCCGCGCCGAUUGGCAGACCCAAUUGCUCGCGGCGGCGGCCCUUGAGCGGGCGGCCCAGGCGGUGGGCGGAGAGCUCAACGGAGUGAGCGCUGCGCUGCGCGGUCCCGGCUACUUCGACGGCACUCCGCCAGCACGGCGACGCGCCGUCUUCGCGACGGCGAUGGCGACGGCGGCGCGGCUGGCGGGACUCGUCGAUGCGCUUUUGGCGUCACCGCUUGCGCCGAGCCUCGUCGCCGACUUGGUCGUGGGCGAGGCGGCGACAACUGUAGGCACCUGCUCGCUGCGGCUGUCCCUCGCGUGCGUGCUGCUUCACGACGUGAUCGACGGCCGGCGGAUCGACGCCUCGCGCUCCGAGGCGCGCAGCGUGCUGCGGCAUCGGCGGCAGCUCUGCGCCGCCGUCGCCGCCUCGGCCGCUACGGGCGGGCAUGUUGGCGGGCAGUACCUGCUGUUUGCGCGCGUCAACACGCUGCGGUGCUCCGUCGACGAGGCGGCGCGGAGGCUGCUGGCGGACGGGUGGGAGGAGACGGAGCCGCUGACGGGAGGACCUAGCUGCGCCGCCGCCGCAGCGCUCGCCCGCCGCUGCCGCAGCCGCGCCUUCGCGCGGGACGAGCUCUUUUCGGACGUGCUCGCCUUCCCGCCCGGCGCUCCGUUGCGGCAGAUGAACGCGCGCGUGCAGCGGCUGCGGGCGACGGUCGCGGCCAUGGGCGCUGAGACGCGGGUCGCCACCUCAAUAGACUAUGAACUGCGGCUGCUGCGCGCGGCUCUGUCGUGGCCUUCGGUGCGCGAGGUUGUAUACUCGACUUGCUCCGUCCACUGCGCCGAGAAUGAGGCGGUCGUCGCUGCCGCGCUGGAGACGGCCGAGGGAUGGACGCUGCGGCCGGCGCUGCCAAGGUGGCAUAGGAGGGGGGAGGCGGGCGCAGGCCUGCCCGCGCAGCUGGCGCUAGCGUGCUGCCGCUUCUGCCCACGGGAAGACCUGACUGCAGGCUUCUUCGUCGCUUGCUUCACGCGGCUCGCGCGCUCUGUGGAGGAGUGA